UAUUUUUCUUUUGAAACGAUAACCAUGAAACAAAAUUAUUAAAGUGGCAUUGAAUUAAUGAUGUAUACUCUCUUUAGUCUUUAUAAAUAAAGCUUAACCAGAAGGGAAAUUAAAAAGCCAGAAUUCAAAGCAAAAAGAUAACCGAAGAAAAUGUCGACGAUCAUUGUUCCAGCACAUGCUACCUCCAUCACCGACGACGUUGAACAGCUCCAUAAAGCCUUCUCAGGAUGGGGAACCAACGAGAAAUUGAUAAUCUCAAUUUUAGCCCACCGAGAUGCUGAACAACGCAAACAAAUCCGCGAAACUUAUUCUGCAACCCACAACGAAGAUCUCCUCAAAUCACUCGACAAAGAACUCUCAAAUGACUUUGAGAAACUUGUUCUUCUUUGGAUACUUAGUCCUCCAGAACGUGAUGCGUAUUUAGUCAACGAAGCUACAAAAAGAUGGACAAAAAGCAAUCAAGUCGUUGUGGAAGUAGUUUGCACAAGAUCCUCACAUGAUCUCCUUCUCGCAAAGCAAGCUUACCAUGCUCGCUAUAAGAAAUCCAUGGAAGAAGAUAUCGCCUAUCUCACAAAGGGAGACUUCCGUAAGCUGUUGUUGCCUCUAGUGGCUACAUGUCGUUAUGAAGGAAGCGAAGUGAACAUGACACUUGCGAAAACCGAAGCCAAAUUGCUCCAUGAGAAACUCGAUGACAAAUGUUACAACGAUGAUGACCUCAUCAGAAUCCUCACCACAAGAAGCAAAUUUCAGAUCAACGCAACACUCAACCAAUACAAAAAUAUAUAUGGAGAAGAUAUCAUAAAGGAAUUGGAAGAGGAUUCAAAAGACGAAUACAUUUCAUUGCUAAGGGCAACGUUGGAGUGUUUGACAUACCCUGAGAAGUACUUUGAGAGGGUGCUAAGGCUAGCGAUUAACAAAACAGGAACAGAUGAGGGUGCACUCACACGUGUUGUUGCCACACGUGCUGAAGUUGACAUGAAGGUUAUAAAGGAGGAGUAUUUGAAGAGGAACAGUGUGCCUUUGGAUAAGGCUAUUGCGAAGGAUACUAGAGGUGAUUAUGAGGAUAUGCUUCUUGCUCUCAUUGGUUGUGUUGAUGAGUAGAAGAAAGGAGACCCUGGUUUUAUUUGGUAUGUUUUGAUUUGAGGCGGUUUCUGUGAGAUCGUUAUAUGUGGUUUGUGUGUGUUUUUGUGGUUUAUGUGGAGUUUCAGUAUAAUAAAUUAUUAAUAAACUCGGACGUCUUCUUCCUGUAUCGAGUUUUAUGUGCGCAUUUUUGAUGUAUUUUUUGUCAAAUUUGCAAGAUAUGAAAUUUGGA